AUGACCGAGGAGCAGAAGCACUUCUCGGAGCACUAUCUGCUCUACGCCUACUACAAAGUUGAUGAGCUCAGAGUUCCCACGCUCGAAGAAACAAUCCGUGAACAUAAGCUCGCUAAAGCAGCACUAUCCGCCCAUAAAGAGGAAACGUUCCUAGUCAGCGGACAAACUCAAGCUCUCCUCGAUCGCUGCCACGCCGUCGAAGCCGCUCCCUGGAAGCUGCGCAAGGUAUCUCGAGAUGCGGACCUCAGAGGAACUUCUCAAAGCUUGCAUCAGCGUAGCGCAUCCAUGGAUGGUUCGAAGAAUCUCAAGAACGAGGCCCAUAGCCGUAUGCCUUCCCUCUCAGGCAUGCUCAGCACAGCCAAGAGGUUGCCUCCCCAGCGCAGAGGUUCUGAUGAAACUGUCGUUCAUGACCACCACCGUCGCUCUUGGGACGAAAGAGUCCACAUUCCUGGCGCAAUGUGA